GCACGGCGCUCCGAAGACCAUUCAUCAUUCCGACUGCGAUGCAUUACUACACAUCGACUAAUAGAUCGAAAUGUUUUGCACAAUCCCCACAGGCACACUGGUCUAGUUGCUCGGGGUGGACUUCGGUCAGCUCUGCUACCAAUAGCUGAGCAUUGUCGUGCUACGCGACAGGCUGUCAAAUGAAUUUUCAAGCUCGUAUGCAAUGCGAUGCAAUGCGCUGGACGUAGCUUGGACAGCAUCGGCGUCCGCCACCUUCUGCCAGGCUCUUGCGCCCAAACCCACCACUCGCGAAACAUCGAGGAUGGCAAUGCGAUCCACAAUCUACUGGCCGGACACGUACAGCCGCAUUCAAGAUGGAGAGCCGCUCGGGCGUACAGAGACACAAGACGCAUAUAUAACGUGAAGCUGAUUCCCAGCAAUAUCAUUCAUUCUCUACAUUCGAGUCAAUCACCAUCAGCCUCAAACCAACAAUCGCCAACAUGAAAUUCACUUUCUCCUCGAUCAUGGCUGUUGCCAGCCUUGCGGCACAAUCGUUCGCGGAUUCUGUCCCCUUCGAACGUCUCAACAAGUCCGAUGCCCUGCUCUUGAUUCUGGAUUUGCAAGUUGGACUUUACAGCCUCGCAAGAGAUUUCGAUCCUACGCUUUAUUACAACUCCAUGAUCGCGCACGCUGCAAUCGGCGAGAUCUUCCCAGAGCUCCCUGUCAUCAUGACAACUUCCGCUCAGACUGGUCCGAACGGCCCCCUCCCAAAGGCCAUCUUGGACAUGUAUCCUAACCGAACUCUUGUGCCGCUUGUGCAGAGACAAGGCGAGGUCAAUGCGUGGGACAACGAAGAGUUCAGAGACGCUAUCAGGGCUGCGAACAAAAGCCAGAUCAUAGUUGGCGGGAUCGUCACGGACGUUUGCACGACCUUCCUGGCACUCUCGCUGCGUGAAGAAGGAUACUCCGUCUGGGCGAACGUUGAAGCCUCUGGAACCACAACUUCUCUCAUCAGAGAUGUUUCGAACGACCGAAUGGCCCAAGCCGGUGUCCAGAUCGUCAGCCUGUUCAGCAUUGUGUGUGAUCUCAUGCGAGAUUGGCGCAACACUCCAGGUGCUGAGACGAUCAUUCCUUGGUUGCAGAAGUACUAUCCCGUCUAUGGCACUUUGGCCCAGUCUCAUGGAGGUGCCAUCCAGAACGGAACUAUCAUUCCUGGUGAAGCACCACUCUUGCCUGCAAGCUAUGAGUAGUGGAAUAGGGCUAGCACCAGCAAUGCGAGUAAUGCAGAACGAUCGAUGAUAGAUCUGGUCAAGCACAGCCUAUCUCAUCGCCUGCUGCAUUACCACGGCAUUGCUUGGUGGGUGGAGGGCACGGCGUACACUGGGUUCAGCCCUCUAUCGCGCGCAGCACGAUCGCAUGGCACAUGUUGAUAGUCGGAAAGUUGAGGCUGUAGCUGCUUCGUCACUUAGGCAAAUAGUUCUGCAAGGUAGCGAUACUGCAUCAAUUCGUUACAACUCGAAA